GCGAGAUGGAGCUCCUGGACAUGCUGCCGGUCGACGACAGCGCGCUGGCCUUCCUCGACGACGUGCCACCUCCAAAGGCACCAAAACGCGUGCGCAAGAAGACAUUGGCGCGUGACGUGGCAGCUCUGCAGGACGAGGAGGCGUCUCUGCAGGUCCUGCUCUGUCGCCUGCAAAGCCGCCACAGUGCCAAGGCAUUGUCGUUCUGGGGCCGCCAUGCAAUGGGCCAGCACGCACAGCUGUUGCGAGCUCGACAUACCAACGCAGUGCUGCGCGAGCUUCUGACAGAGCAGCGCGUCGCCCGCGCCCAUCUCGAGAACGCGCUACGGACGUGGCCAACAAUGCUCGAUGCGCAACGUCCAUUCUUGGCCUUGUGUGCGGACGCUGCGCCGCGGGUACGCGCGAUGCACGCCAUCGCCGAUCGCCAGUUUGACGUCGUCGAAUCCGAGAUGAUUGCGACAGGGCUGCUCGAGCCCGACACGGACGUCUUUCGCAUUGAGCUCCUCUCGGAUGCCCACCAACUGAGCUCACAAGGCGCGCGCUACACAACGUUUCCAGACAUGAGCCUCGCGGCCGUCGACGUAGCGAUCCUGGAGGUGCUACGGCACCGCAGCACACUCGUCGAGGGCGGGUCCGUCACGGACGCACGAGCGAGUGUCAUUGACGCCACGACGCUGUAUACGCUCGAGGUCGUUUCCAACGCUUCAGUCCACGUCACGACGCGCAUGCUUGUCAAGCGCUACUGCUUCGACGGUCGCAUUACCUAUGUGUGGCGCAGUGUCCUAGACGACGAGGCCCAUCCGGUCGACGGCUACGUCAACGACGAGCACGGCUGGAUCUGCAUCGAGGCCAACGGGUCCGACGUUGUGUACCGAGCGUAUUUGAAAGCAGCGAGCCCCCGGCCAGCACCCGAUGGUCUCGCGGGCAUUGAAACGCUCUUGCGGCAACUCGACGUCGACAAAAGUGACGCCCAUGCAAGCUUGGAUGCGCUCAUACAAAGUACGUUUACGACGCUCUUUCGCCGUCUCGAAGCCAGCAUUCUCGAACGCGCCGCAAGCCAAAGACGAGCGCCAGAGCCUAUAUAAUUCGUCUCAUCUAAUGCACU